GAAGAAGAGAAGAAGUAGAAGCGGGUGAAGAGGCGGCACCUCUGUUUCCUGCAGGAGGAAACAGAGGAAAGGAGGUGCUGUUCGUCGGGGAGAAGAAGGGGGCUGCAGCUGCGGCGAUGGCAGCUGCAGCUGGAAGAGAAGAAGAAGAGGAAGAUGAGCAGGGGAGGAGGGAGAGGUUGCGGCCGUGGCUGCGGCCGCGACUGCAGCAGUUGCAGCGGGGAGAGAAGAAGAAGAAAGGAAGGAGAAGGAAGAGGAGAAGGGAAAGAAGUAGCUGCGGCUGCGGUUGUGGCAGCUGCAGCUGUGGCAGGGAAAGAGGAAGAGAAAAAGGAAAGGAAGAAGAAGAGAAAGGGAAGGAGAGGAAGAAGAGAGGAAGAGGAGAAGGGGCUGCGGCUGCGGCGAUGGCAGCUACAGCUGUGGCUGGGAAAGAAGAGAAGGAAAGGAAGAAGAAGAGAAAGGGAAGGAGAGGAAGAGAAGGGGUGGCAGCUGCGGCAGUGGCAGCUGCAGCUGGAAGAGGAGGAGGAAAUAGAGCAGGGGAGGAAGAAGAGGCUGCGAGUGUGGUGGCUGCGGCCGUGGCUGCGACUCCGGCUGCGGCUGCGACGUUGGCUGCGGUAGCUGCGGCAGCGGUGGUGGCUGCAGUAGCUGCAGUAGCUGCUUUUGGGAAAGAGAAAGAGUAGGAACGAGAGAAGGGAAGAAGGAAAUAGUGCAGUGGAAGGGGGCUGCGGUUGUGACCGCAGUUGCGAUUGUGGCAGCGGCAGCGGCGGCGGCUGUGGCAGCUGCGUUUGGGAAAGAAAAAGAAGGAAUGAGAGUAAGAGAGAGAGCAGGUGACUGUGCCUCGAUGUUCGACACGUGAUGUAGUUACGAAGAAAGGAAGAAAACGGGAGCACAAAACGAAACAGAGAGAGGACACGGAGGAAAAGUAGAAAGAUUGGACUGGCACCUUCCUUGGAUAUUCAGAUCAAAAUAUUUGAAAGGUCAGCUUGUCACUCUUCGAGAUGUUUGAUUUGGGCUGAGACAGUGGAUAGCUAUUCAGAAUUAUGGGCAAGUCCUGUUGGUUGUUAUGCUAUUGUUGUAUAAGCAUAUUUUGUAUGUAAUGAAUUGUUCUGAUGAUCGAAAUGGAUAUACUGUGUAAAAGUGUUAGAAGAUCUCUCUUAUUUGGAAUUUCGGAAUGUUAAGUCUAAUUUAUGACGAUAUGAACUUGUGGUGAAUAGUUGGAGUUCUGAUUGUAUAAUUUAUUUAGCUUGUGGAUUUAUAAAUGUUGUUCAUGUUUGUCAA